CAACAAUAAAAAAAAUCACCUCAUUCACUAAACAAAAUUCAUUUGUCCAUUCUAUAAAAAAAAAAAAUAGCAACAUGGUUAAUUAUUUUGAAAUAUUUUUCUAUAUCUCUAUAUUUCUUCUUGGUAUCUUGUCCUAUUAUUUUUGUUUUAGCAAAAAUUACAAUUCAUCAUCCAAGAAAAAUGCUUAUAAACUUCCUCCUGGAUCAAUGGGAUGGCCUUAUGUUGGUGAAACUCUUCAACUCUACUCUCAAGACCCUAAUGCCUUCUUCAUUAACAGGCAAAGAAGGUUUGGUGAAAUUUUUAAGACAAAAAUACUAGGUUGUCCAUGUGUGAUGUUGGCAAGUCCAGAAGCUGCUAGAUUUGUACUAGUAAACCAAGCAAAUUUGUUUAAGCCAACUUAUCCUAAAAGUAAAGAGAAUUUAAUUGGUCAAUCUGCACUUUUUUUUCAUCAAGGAGAUUACCAUAAUCACCUUAGAAAACUUGUUCAAGCUUCUUUAAAUCCAGAAUCCAUUCGUAAUCAAAUCCCUUAUAUCGAAGAAUUAUCGAUUUCUGCAUUGAAUUCUUGGGUUGGAGGACAUGUUGUCAACACUUAUCAUGAGAUGAAAAAGUUUUCUUUUGAAGUAGGUAUACUUGCUAUAUUUGGACAUUUGGAUGGUCAAGUGAAGGAAGAAUUGAAGAAGAAUUAUAGCAUAGUUGAUAAAGGUUAUAAUUCAUUUCCAAUAAAUUUGCCAGGGAGUCUUUACAGAAAAGCCCUUCAAGCAAGAAGGAGACUUGGGAAGAUUUUAAGUGAAAUAAUAAGAGAAAGGAAGGAGAAGAAGGUACUAGAAAAAGGGUUGUUGAGUUGUUUCUUGAAUGCUAAAGAAGAAAAAGGAUUAUUGGUAUUAAAUGAAGAUCAAAUUGCUGAUAAUAUAAUUGGAGUUUUAUUUGCUGCACAAGAUACAACAGCAAGUGUUUUGACUUGGAUUUUAAAGUAUCUUCAUGAUAAUCCAAAGCUUCUUGAGUGUGUCAAGGCUGAACAGAAAGUGAUCUGGCAGUCAAAUGAACAAGAAAAUCAUGGGUUGACAUGGACACAAACAAGAAAGAUGCCUAUCACUAACAAGGUUGUUUUGGAGACACUGAGAAUGGCUAGCAUUAUAUCUUUUGCAUUUAGAGAGGCAGUAGCUGAUGUGGAAUACAAAGGAUACCUAAUUCCAAAAGGAUGGAAGGUAAUGCCUUUGUUCAGAAAUAUUCAUCACAACCCAGAGUUCUUUCCUGAUCCACAAAAAUUUGAUCCUUCAAGAUUUGAGAAUGCGCCAAAACCCAAUACAUUUAUGCCAUUUGGCAGUGGAGUACAUGCUUGUCCAGGGAAUGAACUUGCCAAGCUGGAAAUUCUAAUUAUGACACAUCAUCUAGUCACUAAAUUCAGGUGGGAAGUGGUAGGAUCUGGUAGUGGGAUUCAAUAUGGACCAUUCCCAGUCCCAUUGGGUGGACUAGCAGCAAGAUUUUGGAAGGAAUCAACCUAAUGGCUCUUCUGAUUUGCAUAUCUCAAAUGAUUUCAUCAAUCAUAUCCAAGAUUAUUACUCAUCAUCCCCCCCCCACC